CAGACCCACGGAAACGCCGCUGAAGAAAGUGCUCGCGGAGGACUGCUACUGCAAGUUGGGCCGUGCUACCGCCCAUCCUAGCUCCGCCUCACUCGUUGGCGACGCAGCUGUAGAGGCAUUCAUUUACAAGUCCAACAUCUAUGAGGUAGACAAUUUGAGGUCGCGCCAGAUAAGAAGCACCGCGGGAAAGGGAGGGCAGGGCGCGCUCGAUGGAAUAGUAGGCAUGGGAAGCGAGCAAGGAGAAAGCGCGGAAGGCAAUGGCAAAGAUAAGCGCGAUGGACUGUCGCAGAAGACAUCUCAUUUGAGCUUGAGAAUCGUGAUGCAGCGCCCUCCAGAACUUCCUCAACUGAUGGAGCAAAUCAUGGAGGAGAGCGAGAGGAACAGCAAGAAAAAGAUGAAGGACAAGGAGAAUCGGCGCAAGAAGCGAGAGUUUCGACGGCGACAGCGAUUGUCUUUGUCGGCGAAGCGUCGGAAAACGGAAUUAAACGGCGAGCAACUUGAAGGUGAGAGCGACGAAGGCGACGACAGCGCUUCUGAAGAUGAGGAGCAACUUAAUCAAGACGGCGACAAGUUGAGACUUGAGGCUUUCCGCCGGCUUUUCGGUAACGAGUCGUCAACGAUCCCCGGCAAUAAGAAUACAAGGACGUCGCCCUGCCUGCGGCUGCUCAUGUACGAUAACAAUUCGGUGAAAGCACGCCUGCGCUCACUCGCUGCGUGUCAAAGGAUCCUGCGCAACGGCGAGUGUCAGCUUAGCAAAAACAGCCGCACCUUACGCGAUCUUCGGAUCGGUUUGUCUGAGUCUCUGGGGAAAGACAGAGGGGGAGAACUACACGACCACAUUACAGAUUGUGAGCCAUCGGAUAGCGAAGCGUAUGAUUUCGAUUUUUUUGAUUCGCAGAUGGCACAGCUCGGUAAUAGCGGGGAUGCUGAUCGUGGGACUGCAGCCUCAUCCAGUACGGCUCCAGUCACAAGUAGCAGACAACAAGAAGUACAAUAUUUGAGCGAGAACGACGAGGUUCGGGAAGAUCAUAUGCAACGGGAUUAUACCUCUAGUUGUGAGCCAAAACAUCAAUCUACUCGAAGUGCAUCUUCCUCAAAAGCGGCCGCUUUGCGUAACAAGCUCGGAG